AUGGAUUCCUGGAGGCAGCUCUGCAAUCGCCAGCUGUCGAACACCUCUGACAUGUCGAAGCAAACUCUUCUGCGCGAAAUGCAGACGGGCUCUGUGUCAGUCUUAGCAAAAGAUGAUAAGAGGUGUUCUGAUUUAUCCAAGAAUAGAUUAACUGAGGUUCCUACGGAGCUGUGCCAUUUUGUGUCACUGGAAACACUAAAUCUAUACCACAAUUGUAUAAAAAUUAUACCAGAAGCCAUAGUGAACUUGCAAAUGCUAACUUACUUAAAUUUGAGUCGAAAUCAGCUUUCUUCUUUGCCAGCUUGCCUGUGUGGUCUUCCUCUAAAAGUCUUAAUUGCAAGUAACAAUAAGCUAGGUUCCCUUCCAGAAGAGAUAGGUCAGCUAAAACAGUUAAUGGAACUGGAUGUCAGCUGUAAUGAAAUCACAGCUUUGCCACAGCAGAUAGGCCAGCUGAAAUCUUUAAAAGAACUGAAUGUCAGAAGAAAUUACCUCGAAGUUUUACCCCAAGAACUAGUACAGCUUCCCUUGGUAAAGUUCGACUUUUCCUGCAAUAAAGUGCUUGUGAUUCCAAUUUGUUUUAGAAAGAUGGUGCAGUUACAAGUAUUACUGCUUGAGAACAAUCCUUUGCAGUCUCCACCAGCACAAAUUUGUACAAAGGGUAAGGUGCAUAUAUUCAAAUAUCUGACUGUACAGGCCUGUCAGAUUAAAACGGCAGAUUCACUGUAUCUUAAUGCCAUAGAACAACAGCAUUUGCCACAACCCGUGGAAGAAAGCAUCGAUGACAUCUACCCAAGUAAAAAGGACUCAGAUUCAGGUGUUGGUAGUGAUAAUGGCGAUAAACGUUUGUCAGCAACAGAGCCAUCUGAUGAAGAUACUCUCAGCUUUAAUGUUCCAAUGUCGGACAUCGUGGAAGAAGAUCAGGUUGUAAAGGAAGAUUCAGGUCACCAUGCUAACUCAAGAAAAGUGGGAUUCCAUCAGGGAUCUUCUCACUUGAUUGUCAGUGAUAAGUCAAGAGAAACAGGAAACCAGUGUGAUGAAUCGGAUACCCUUACUACUGAAUUUAUGAGUUACAUUAAGAGCAGAGCAGCAGAGUGUGAUGAAUUAUUGAGAAUAGAAGAGGACACACAGUGGCAAACAGAUGGAAUAAUAAAUUUAUCAGAAGAACAAACUAUUGAUAUAGCGAUGAUAGAACAACUAAGAGAAGCAGUAGAUUUAUUACAAGAUCCCAACAGAUUAAGCAUGGAUAUUUCAGAGAGCAGUGGUGUGAAUCUGUAUCCCAUGGAACCAGCAACAGCUUUAGAAUUUCAGGAGUCUACAGUAAAUGGUCAAAUGCAGAUGGAGAUGUCUUCCCUUGGUCAGAGAGAAAAUGCUGAAGAGGAACUAGAAUUUCAGAGAAGGAGGGAGUUGAUGAUGGAGAAAGCAAAGCCUGAAGUGAGAACUUGUGAACAGGGUGAAAAAUGGUCAUUGAGUCAGAAUGAUCUAAUUGUUUGGAAUGCAAGUGGGCAAACCUCUCACAAUGAGAACAAGGAUAAAAGUCCAACAAUGUCUCCUACUACAAACACCACAAUCCCUUUUGGCCUGAAGCCACGAUCAGACCCAUCCCUCAGUCUUCCUCCUAUCUCCUUCAACACACUUACACAGGCACAAACAUGGGACAACUUUAGCUACAGUAUCCCAUCUGAAGGAGACAGUGACAAUGUGUUCUUAAGACCACAAAGAAAUUUGGAAUCGAUAGACCCACAAUUUACAAUUCGAAGGAAAAUGGAGCAGAUGAGAGAAGAGAGAGAGCUUGUGGAACAGCUACGUGAGAACAUUGAAACAAGACUAAAGAUUUGUUUGCCUGAAGACUUGGGGUCUGCUCUGAUGGAUGGUGUAGUUCUCUGCCAUUUAGUAAAUCAUGUUCGUCCUCGGUCUGUAGGAAGUAUUCAUGUACCUUCACCAGCAGUACCUAAACUUAGCAUGGCCAAAUGCAGGAGAAACGUGGAAAACUUUCUGGAUGCAUGUAGGAAGCUGGGGAUACCAGAGGAGAAGCUCUGCCUACCACAUCACAUCCUAGAAGAAAAGGGCUUGGUAAAAGUGAGCGUAACAGUUCAAGCAUUGCUAGAUGUAACCACAGUGAAACAAGCUUUAUUCACAUGAAACUACUAUCUCUGCUGUUACCAGCUCCACUGUGCCAUCAAAGAAUCAAAAUACUGCCCAUCUUUUCAAACUGCAUUGAAAAAAACCAGUGCUCCAAGAGUAUCCUUAUACUUCUGAUUUUAAAAUCAUCUUUCAGACUGUACAUGUGCGUCGAACUACAAACCAGAAACUAAACAGAAACAUUUUAUAGUGCAAAUGGGCGCUUCACUGCUUUUAUAGCUCGCUUUGUACAGUACUUACUAAAACAGCCACCUCUCUGCCACUUGAAAAUGUGUGGAGUACACAGCUGUCUUGCAGCAAGAUACCUUCGUAUUAUUAAACUAAGAAUCAUUGUAAUCAUUUUUGGGGGGGACGGGACGAGGGAGAGUAAAUCCGACUUCGACCACGUUAGGUUUUUCUGCAGUUGCUUCAGGCUAUUGCCUUUUAAUGAUACCCUGACAUAAAAUAUUUAUAUAAAUAUUAUUUAUUAGUGAGUUGUUAUUCAUCCUUUGGAUGCAAAAUGUAAAUUAGGAAACUGUAUUUUAUUACUGCUUUUUUGUGGUUAAACACUUUAUUUUAAUAUAAAUAUUUAGUUAUUUUUUAUUCUAUUUGGAGUGCAGUAGCUCUAGAUCUCCAUAAAUUGUAUUUUCUAAUAAGUAAGAUAAAAAGCAAACAAAAUAGGUGCUUUUAUUAAAAGAACAGCUAGCUGGAAUGGCAUUCUUUAUUUCUUGAAUUUGUGGAACAUUGGUAAAAAUUUGCCUGCAUUCCGUUUGAGUUUCCUACAUUCCAGUAGCUCUUUUCCCCCCGCUAGACUAAAUUGGCUGAAACUGAGAGCACACCCAUUUUAUUUGUAUAUAGAUGUUUUAAAGAAAAAAAAAAAAGGAAAGAUGUAAACUUGAAAAAUAAAUGUGAACAAAUAUUUUUUGAUUGCUUAUUUUACUAUGCACCAAGACAUUUAACUUUUGCCACAACAAAAUGAGUGAUGUGCAUUAGGAUCAUGUGUCUUGAAAUAUAAUUUUGCACUGUAACUUGAGUUCUUUUAAAGACUACAGCACUACAGAACAAAUAAUACAAAACAGCACAAGAACAUCAGCGAGAUUUACCAGGUAGCCAAAAAAUUUUAAUUGUUUUCUUCGAGGAUUCCUUUGAGAGGAGAUAAAAUUAUUAAAAUUGCUAAAGGCGGUCUCAGAAGACCUGAUCUUCCAGAUACAACCUGCUGGGUACAGUGCUUCUCCUUAUAGUCUCCAUCAUUUUCCCACAGAAUUAAGCACAAAGUUCCGUAGCGAAUGUUUGCAGGAUCAGACCUCUAAUCCCAUGUCAGCAAUAGGAAAUAAGGUUCUUUUUCUUACCACUACUUAAAAUUGUUGGAAGAGAUUUUAAAAAGCAUAAUUUAUUAUUAAAACAUCACACGUUUUAGAUCAAAAAGUUCCAGCACGGCCAUUCUCACCGUAUCUGGAACAUCCGUUUUUCUUUCCUACGAGAAGCUAGCGAUGUAACUUCGGCAAGCGGGACAGGAACGCUGCAUGUGGCGGAAAGGCUGGCUGUCAGGGGUCAGUGGUGCACACAAGCAGGUAGCUCGAAAUGCGUGACGACAAAAAAGAGGCAAUGCGGUGGGAGGAGUAAAUAGGUGAGCAAGAGAACGGGGAGAGAACUAUUGUAUAAAGACUUUUUGGAAGAACGAUGCAUACUGGUCACUACUACGUAGCUAGGCAGAGUUACACGCGCGUUCACAGACACUGCAUUUAGAACUACCACUAUUCCAAUAGCAGACUUUUAAUCGUUAAUACAGUAUUUGAAUGCAGACCACGCGUUUUAAUACCACAAGUUGCCAAUGUGCUAGUCUGUAUUGCCAGCAACGUGUUAGGAGGAGGAGAGCGGACUCGCAGACAGUGAGACAUACAGUAUGCGUGGAAUAUCCAGUUACUUCAACCAAAGCGAAAGCGUUUAUUUUAUAGAGGGAACAUUGACUUAAAUUGUAAUUUUGAUUGGCAGCUAGCAUAUUGUUUCCUAGAAAAUGUACUGUGCACUUUAACACUAAAUUAAAAUGUAUUUUAAUAUUUUAGAGCUGCACAAAUAUCUGUUUUGUCAAAAAGCACGAGCAAUGUAAAGAAAAUAAGUUUUCAAGUCAGAGUUUAUCAAAUUUUAAAAGCAUUCAAAGAUCGAGUAUGAAAAUAGGAAUAUUGAUUUCUGCAUCUUGAGGGAUAAAAUGCAGGUUUCCUGAGUAUUUUUUUACAAUGUAUAUAUGGUAACAUGAAGCUUUGUAAUUAUUAUUUUGACAAAUCUUGUUUUUUCAUAAUUAAAAUUUUGUUUUUCUCCUGAUAGUGUCUUUCAGUAUGUGCUUGAAGUUGGCUGUAAAUAAAUAGCUCUAAAUAUUUUGUAAUACAACUCUUUUUAUGCAGUCUUAACCUGUAUGGCUAAAAAGAGAAUCUUCACGAAUCUUUGUAUACUAUUUAUAUGUGCAAUAAAACAUGCAUGGCAAAUCUAUACUACCCGAAGCAGUGAACAUAAUGUAUAUAGAAAAUCUUUACUGUAGUUACAAUUAAACUCUAUUAUUUG